AGUUUCCGUAGCAACUUUACCCUCCCUCCUUCAGGAGCUGCUGAAGCGUGGCGCGUGCGAGGGGCGCGAGCGGCUGCGGCGCGUGCGGCUGAGCGCGGAAAGAGCCGGAAGGCACACAGCAGCGGCGGGCUGCGAGUUGAUGGAUGGAGAAGUGGCGGCACUGGCUCGAGCAAUGCACCGGUGGGAGAGAGCUUCGCUACGAGCUCGAGACGUCCUCGAGACGGCCGUGGCCGCGGCGACAGAGGCCGAGAAAGAGCAGACACGGCUGACAGCGCGGCUGGACGGAGAAAUGGAGAAGCUGGAGGGCCAGCUGAAGGAGUGGAGCGAGGGACUGAGCAGCGCCGAGCGGAGGAAUAGCGGAGCUGCUGCGGUGGAGGGAUGGACGGUCGCCAAGGGUGUUCUGGAGGGGCUUCAGACAGCUGAAGUUAUGGAGGAAAAGCUGAAGGCGCAGCUCAAUGAGCUGUGUGGGUUUUCCAGUGAUCUGGGUCCACAGUCGGACAGAGUCAGCGCUCUUAUUAAGCUACACAACAGCCUAAGCCUACGAGCCUCCCGGGAAUGUCAGAAUACAGAGAAACUGCUGGAACAACGCUUCCGUUCUUCUCUGCAUGAUUUUCGGCAGUGGAUGGUCAAUGCCAACAUCUCUACCGCUAAAUGCUUUGACUCCCCUCAUAGCAUCUGGGAUGCCUACAUUUCUCUCCAGCAGAUCCAGGACUUCAAAAGUGACAAGGAGCAGGGCCAGACCAGACUGAACACUGUCCUGACCUGUGGAGAGCAGCUUAGUAGCGUGGUGCCUGCCGAAAGAGUGGAGGCGAUCAGGACCAAAGAAAAUGCAGCCAAAGAUGACUGGAAGAGCCUGAUGGACAGCUUAGAGAGAAGAGAGACGGCCUUACAGGUCUUGCAGUCUCAGAUGCAGGACUUUGAGGCAAGUGUGGAGCCACUUCAAGACUGGCUGAACAGGACUGAGAUCAGUGUGCAAGAGAGCAGCGCUCGCCUCCACGACCUGCCGGCCAAGAGACUAGAGCUCUCCAAACUUCAGACAUUGCUAGAGGAGAUGCGCUCCAGAGAAUCUGAACUGACAGAGCUGAGAGGGCGAGCACAUGGCCUCUGGGAGGGUCAGGGUGCUGGGAAGAGCUUUGUGCAUCGGGUCUGCCAGCUAGCUGCAUGCUACUUGGCCCUGAGCAACCUGAUUAAGGAGAAAGUGUCAAGAGUAGAACGAGUGGUGGGGGAGCAUCAGCUUUUUUCACAGGGCCUUCAGGAACUUCAGAACUGGGUUUCGGAGUCCCAACAGGUCCUCAAGACCUGCAGAUGCCCCACAUCUGACAAGAGUGUGCUUAUCACCAGAAUGGGCCAGCUCGAGACUUUACUGGCGGCUUGUCAGGGGAGAGAAAUCCAACAGAAGAUGCUCAUCACCAGAGGAGAGUCUGUCCAGAGGAACACCUCGGCUGAGGGUGUACCAGUGGUUCGCAAGCAGAUCCAGGACCUCAAAGACUCCUGGGAAUCACUCUUGUCAACAUCCAUACAGUGCAAGAGCCAGCUGGAAGGUGCCUUGUCACACUGGACAAGUUACCAGGAAGAUGUCAGUCAGUUUGAGUGCUGGAUGGAGCAAGUAGAAGAGAGCCUCGGAAACUCAGACAAACACUACGCUGAAAUGAGGGACAAGACAGCCAAUCUAGGCCGUGCCAAACUCCUCUAUGAGGAAGUUCUUAGCCACUCUAGCCCUUUAGAGACCAUUGCGACCAAAGGUUUCAACAUGACUGAACAUACGGCCACCCAACGGGAGAUCCAGAAACUCAGUGAGAGAUAUACAGCCAUUACAGAUAAGGCCAAGGCUGCUGUCAGUAAGGCAGAAGAAUUGGUUCUGCUCCAUCAAGAAUACCAGCGAGGGCUGCACAUGUUUGAAGACUGGCUGGAGCAGGAGCAGAACAGUUUGGCCCUCCUCACACCUCUGGAUGAAGAUGUAAAUGCUCUGGAGAACACGUUAAAAGAACUACAGAUGCUCCAGUCACAUUGCCCUGAGGGACAUAACUUGCUCCGCUCAGUUCUUGCCAGUCGAGAAAGAGUAAUUCCAUGGGGUUCCCCUCAAAUUGAGGAUCGGGUUCUGGAAACAGCACAGACAGAGUGGCAGGGUUACCAAGACCAGCUCGGCGAGACCAAAGUCCAGGUAGAGCAGGUCCUUGAAAGGGUUCAGGAACUAGAAGGUUUAUUCCAAAGCUUAGACCAGUGGCUGGUUGACAUGGAGCUCAAAGUUAAAGUGAGAAGCCAUCGUUGCUCAGAUGUCACUGCGAAGGAGGCACAGCUACAACACCUGAAGCGGUGGCAGCUUGAGGCUGCCCAGCAUCAGGCUGAAGUGGAAGGCCUUAGUACUCUUGCACAGCAUGACAUAGAAGAUGCUCAUGUCCGUGGUCGGAUCAGUACCAGGGUUACCCAGCUCAGUGCCCGCUACCAUGCCUUGCUCCUACAGAUACAGGACACCCUCAAACAGCUCCAGGUAGAAAUGCAGAAAAUCUCAGAGGCUCAAAAUGCUCUCAGGACCUUCUCUGAUUGGUUGAGCACAGCGAAGAAGAAUUUCAAAAUCGUUACUGAAAGGACAGAGGCUCUCGAUCACAUUACAAUGGAAAAGAAGAUGAAGAGGCUAGAGUCUCUACAGGGGGACAUGGAUGAAGGUCACAGCCUGUUUAAAACACUUCGAGAAAAUGCAGAGCAGACCGUUUGCUUCUUGGAUGACCCUGGAGCAUCCAGACUAGAGAAGGAAGUGCGAACAGGUCGAUCACAGCUCGAAGAGCUUAUUCUGGGGCUACGGGAAGAACAUGCAACCCUGGAAAGGAGCAUUGUGCUCUAUAAAGAUUUCCAAAAGCGCUACAAGUGCCAAAUGCAGUGGCUUGGGGAGACUCGAGCCCUUCUCAGUUCCACUGUUGAACCCAAAGUAGAACUUUAUCAGAGGAAAGCUCAGCUGAACAAGUACAAGGCUGUAGAGCAGAUGUUGCGAUCACGUGAUCCUGCCGUGAGCUCGGUGCUAGAGAAAGGAGAAACUCUGGUGACCCUCCUCCACUCCCCUUCCAUCACAGACAACAUGAUCAGACUACAGGGAGACUACCAGGAGCUGUGUGGCUCAGCAAGGACCCAAAUCCACAGAUUGGAGGCCCAGGUGAAGAAACAGGAAGCUUAUGAUAAAGAUGUACAGGAAAUUGAACGUUGGUUGUUGCAGAUGUCCAGCAGGAUGGUGACUCCUGACCCAUCAUCAGACGGUGGCCUGGAAGCUGCCACUCAGCAGCUAGCCAGACAUAAGACUAUAAUGGAGGAGAUAGCAGGCUUUGAGGUGCAUUUGGAUACACUAAAGGAAAAGGGAGAGGAGUUGUUGUCCGGCUGCAGUGAACGCCUCCAGGCUCGGCUUCGCCAGCAAAUUCAGAACCACCAUCAGGGAGCAAGAGACAGCUACUCUGCCAUCUGCAGCACUGCCCAGCGUGUGUAUCAGAGUCUGGAUCAGGAACUGCAGAAGCAUGUAAGUCUGCAGGAUGCAUUGCAACAGUGUCAGACGUGGCUUUCAAAUGUACAAGAGGAGAUACAGAUUCCUCCACAUGCACCACACUGCCUACAAGAGGCGCUAGCACAGAUGAAGCAGGAUCGAACUCUGCAGGAACAGGCUAGUACCUAUUUGCAGCUGGUGUGCUCCACUUGUGAUCUUUCUGAUGAGAAAGUACGAGAGACGGCUGCUGAGAUACAGCAGGUCAAACUUCAGAUCGAGGAAAGGAUGCUGGAAUCUCAAGAACUAGCAGAUAACUGGAGAGAGAUCAAAGACUUGCGUUCCAACCUUGAGUGUCGUCUUUUUGAGGCUGAACAACUCCUCCAGAGCAUGUUAACGAGGCCAGCUGAGCUCGAGCCAAAGGUUGCUCAGAGCCAGCUGGACCAGGCUCAGGACUUUAUCCAGGAGAUGCGAGCCAGGCAGGUUGAUCUGACCCAGCUGAGAGAGAGCAUCAAUAGGCUAACGGCUGGUCAGGAGUCCCCUGAUCUUAUGGAAGUUGGGCGUCUGCACUGUGCUUGGCUGGAUCUGGGCAGACAGGCUGCACAGCUGCUGGAACAAAAAGAGGAGGAUCUACAGAGGAGCGGGGACUAUCAUGACUGCAUUUGUAUGGUGGAGGAGUUGUUUGACCAGCUGUCCAAGAAAUGGGAUCAGUUGGCCAGGGGAGAUAUUGAAAGCACAUCUGAGUGUCUGGAUGCCUUAAAUAAGUUAUCCACAGACCUGCAGGACCAGAGAUGUGUGCUAGUUGACUUGAGAAAUAAUAGGCAUGGGAUCCUGCCUCGUCUGAGCUUAGAAGAGAGAGACCUGGUCAAGGAGCAGGUGGGUUACCUGGAGCAACAUUGGACCCAGGUGGAAUCCCAUGUCCAGAAGAAAAUCCAAGAUUUAGUGCAGACACUGGAAGAAUUGAGUCAAAUUGAGGACCAUUUGUGCGAGGCUCAAGAGUGGGCUGAGUUGCAGAAGCCAUCCCUGUCUGAAGUGUUCAAGACCAGCCCCCCUCCAGAUUUGGCCCAAAGCUUCCUGUUUGAUCACUUGAGCUUUUGUGCAGAAUUGGAGGCCAAACAGAAGCUUCUGGCAGAGGCUGUGAAAGAUGCCAAUAGCCUUUCCUCUCGGCUCGGUCUUAAUGAAAGUAGGAUGCUGCAGACUUUGGUCCAGGAAGCACAGACAGGAAUAGAAUCACUUGGAACUAAGGCGGCUCAGUAUCGUAAAAGCCUCAGUAAAGUGUUUACAGAACGAACGCAGUUUCUACAAGCCCUUGACAGAGCAGCCGAAUGGAUCAAGAAGCAAGAGCAGAGGGCUCUUGCAGAUGAUCAUGUGGCGCUCCUACCAAAUGUACUGCACAAGCAGGUGUCAACUUGUAAGAAUUUUACCAGCAGCUUAAGAGCAUAUCAGGUGGAGCUUACAUCUCUUUGGGUACAUGGACGAGGAUUAGUGAAGGAUGCAACUGAUGACGAGGAGAAGGAGACCCUUCAGAAGCUGGAGGAGUUGCAAGUUACCUUCGAGGCUUCCUUGCAGAAGAGCACGGAGCAUCUGCAGCAUCUGGAGAAAGCGCUAGUCAUUCGGAAGUACUUUAAAGUGGACCUUGACAGGAUCUGCGAGUGGCUAAAACAAGCAGAGGUCGCUACAUUUCCAAUUAUUGACUUAAGUGGGAAUGAUGAGAAGCUUCACAACCAGCUGACUGAACACCAACAGCUUCUUGAUCAUGCUUCAGAGUAUGAAAACCUUUUGCUCAUUGUCCAAAGGGCAGGACAGGAGAUUCUUCCCACCUUAAAUGAGGUUGACCACUGCUACCUAGAUGAGAAACUCAAUGGCCUUCCACAACAAUAUAAUGACAUGCUGUUGUUAAUCAGAGAGAAAUGCGAAAGGAUCCAACAAGUGCUUUUGGACCGCAGGGAGUUUGAGUCCCUCACUGAUGUCACACGAAAGGCUUUGAAGGAACUUCAGGAGAAAUGUGAUGGUUUAGAGAUGAAGUCACCCAACCAAAGUCUAGAAGAUGUAGAAAGAUUGCAAAACAGUUAUGAAGAUCUCAUCAAAGGUCUUGCAAAUCUCUUUCAGGGGAUGAAAGAUCUUAGGGGUAAAACUCAGGAUUUCUUUGUCAUGGGUCAGGCAUAUGCUCCUGAAGUCAUUGACCAGCUGGUUUAUCUCCAUGGCAGUCUAAACCAGCAGAUCGAAUGUAAGAUGAAACAAUUAAGGAAAACAUUAAAGUUGUUAAAUGACCAUAUAACAGUUACUGAGAAAAUGGACUAUAGCAUCACUAGAUUAAAGGAACAGCUUGGCAAACUAGACUCCAAAGGAGAAGAGGAGACAGAUGCCACGGAGAGAUUAUCUACACUACACAACCUAGCAAAAUUUCUUGAAGAGGUUAGAUCCUAUCCAGAGGGUCUCAAAGCACAAAAUGAUGACCCCAACCGACACUUUGACUCAAAGAUCCUUAAGACUCAGGUUAUCUUCAGAGUGGAACAACUUCUUACUUUCAAGCAAAAGAUUAAUACACACAUAGAAGAAUGUGAGAGAGGUUUUAUGGUAAAUAAGGAUUUUCAAACUGAUAUUAAAGUAUCAGUAGACUGGCUCAAGAGUCUUAGGGAUCAAUUAAGAUGUCCAUUAAUGUUUGAAGAAGCUAAAAUUGAGAUUGUGCAGGAGGAGGUCAGGUCACUGUCAGCACUUCAAGAAGAAAUGAAAUCUAGGUUUAGAGUAUUAGAAUAUGUAACUAAUGAAGAGAAAGAGAAGUACAUCAACGAUCGAAAGCCAUUUCCAAAAAUCUUUGAAACCACUUUAAUGACUAUUCCAGAACUAAAGGAUGAUCUUCAACAAGCUAUCAACACCAAACAGGUGGCCUUGCAGUCUAUUCUGUCUCUACUCCAAAGAUACCACCAUUCCUUGCAAACCCUCCAGCAGUGGUUUGAGGACACUGGUGCUCUACUUAAGCAGGCCCCAAAAGAGGUAGACCUGGAGAAAAUGUCAGACUGCCUCAAGGACUUAGAAAAUAUAACAGGCCGGGAACAGUCCGUCAAGGGUACAAUGCAAGAAAUACAAGAUCUAGUUCCUCAAAUGGGUGACUUUUUGAGCCCUACUGUAAUUAAGCAAAUCCAGCAACAUUGUGAGGAGUCUUAUCAUAAGGGCACAGAGGUCUUCAAGCAGCUAAAAAAACAUCAAGACAACUUGCAACGAAGCAUAACUCAGUGGAGAUCCUUCCAAGAUGAAACAGAUGAAGUUAUCAGGCAGACGAAUGAAAUUGAGAAAAGGAUGAUGGAGUUCACAACUGCCAGAGCAAACUCUGAACAAGAAGCUGAAGACAAGCUCUGUUUAUACCAGAAUAUUGUGUCACAAGUUCAGGGUCUUGAAGAUGCACUGAAUGGACUGAAAGUAAAGGCAGCACAGUUUGUUGAGCCUGACAUAAAAGACACUGCUUCUCGGUCAGUUUGUUCAUUGGGCCAUCGGUGGACUCGGUUGUUUGGUGCUGCUCAAGCUCAGGUGAAAGCCCUCCAGGACUCUGCGUGUAACUGGAGAUGCACCAGGGAGAAGCUGGAGAAAAUGCAAGCUGUCUGUGAGGACCUGCACAGUCGUGUUCCUGACAACAUGGUGGAAAAAGCCUCUAGUAUGGCAGCCCUACACAGUCUUUUGGAGUACCAUGAUUCCUUCAGUCGAGAGGUGGAGAGAGAGAGCAGUGCCCUGAGCCUCCUCAAACACCAUGUGCUCAACCUGUUACUCCAUCCUCAUGCAACUGCUUCCACCACAAAAAACAGCCAAGACAGUCCAUGUCUGCUGGAAAUUCAGAGCAUUCAGGAGAAAUAUGACGAUCUAUUGCAGCAGGUGUGUGCUAGCAGGCAGCAGGUGCAGGUGGAGCUGAGGGAGAGAGAGGAAGUGCUGAGGGAGUUGGGACUGAUGAAAGGGUGGAUUCAGGACACCCAGGGGCUGCUGCUGAGCCCCACUGCAGACCUGGAUAACCUGCUCACUGACCUGGAGACGGCUCAUGGAGGCAUGCGGUCUCACCGCCAGCACCUUGAGCAGAUUGCAGAUUGCCAGCAGAUGAAAUACCAGGACCUCAAUGCCACCCUUCCUUCAGAGAUCAGCGCCCAGCUGGCAGAGGUUACACUGGCUCUGGGUUCUGCAGUAGAUCAGGUGCAGGCACGGGAAAGAGAGGUCCAACAUAGCAGAGAUAUAAAAGAAGACUUUAACUCCAGACUUCAGGAUGUCUCACAGAAAGUCAGACUCAUCUCUUUGAAACUCAAGCAGAAGGCUGUGGAUGUUGAGGAGGCUAAAGAGGAGACAGCGACUCUAUUAGAGGAACUAGAGGAGUGUGGUCAUGCUCUGUCCGAGCUAGAUGUGGCAGUGCAGGAGUUUGGUAAGCAAAAUCCUCUCCUUGCCAAACAGCUGGGCUCCAGCCUGAGUAAACUGACUGAUCUUCAUGCUCAGACCAGCAGACUGGCAGAGGGAAGGACCACAUGCCUUCAGAAGGCAGAAAAGAACUUUGAAGAAUUUAAUGAAAUGCUGAUGUUAACUCUCAACUGGACAGAAAAAGCAGAGACUGUGGUCUCAGCCAACGUCAUGUGGAGUCCAACCUUACAGAUGCAAGAGCAAAUCCAAAACCAUCAGGCCUUAUUGCAAGAGUGGCAAGAUCUCCAAGGGGAGUUUGAGGGUCUGGAGGAGAGGGUUGGACUGCUGGGGGAGGUGGUCCAGACAGAUGCUCUUCACCUGCAGGUGGCUGAACUGAGCAGACAUGCUGAAGAGCUGCAGCAGAGAGCCAAAACAAGACUCCUGAUGCUACAGGAUGCAGCCAAGGAUGUGGGGAGACUGGAGAGUGACGUGAAGAGCCUCCAUCAGUCCAUCGAGAGAGUACAGGAGACUCUGACCUCUCCUGAUCUGGCACGUCUCAGUCUCAGAGAACAGCUGACUCAAAGACAGCUCCUGUUGUCAGAGAUUGAGGGUCAUAGGCAGCAGGUGCAGGCUAUGCAGAUGUGUCAGAGUGUCCUCCGGCUGCCAGAGGAUGUGAUUGCAGCAUUACCACUAUGUGUUACUGCACAAAGUCUGCAGCAAGAGAGCAGCCACCUACAACACAAUACCAUUCAACAGUGCAAUAUAUUACAGGAGGCCUUGGUGCAGUAUGAGAAAUACGAACAGGAAGUCAAGAAACUACAGAGACUAAUUGAAGAAGCACACCAUGUUAUUCAGGACCGUCCUGUUACCACAGGAAACAUACAGGAGCUUCAGACACAGAUACAAAAUCAUGAGGAACUUGCCCUGAAGAUAAAAGGAUAUCAGGAGCAGAUCUCGGCACUGAACUCCAAGUGUAAGAUGUUGACUGUGAAAGCCAAACAUGCUACCAUGCUUCUGACAGUCAACGAUGUUGAUGGACUCUCCGAUGGGUUAGAGGAGCUGGAAGAUGAGGAGGAAGAGAUACCCAAACACCCACCGGCACACUCCUCUGUUGUCAUGAUGACGGCAGGACGUUGCCAUACUCUCCUCUCCCCGGUCACAGAGGAGUCUGGUGAGGAGGGCACCAACAGCGAGGUCUCCUCUCCACCCGCCUGCAGAUCGCCAUCACCCGGGCCUAACACUGAAACCUCUCAGUGUUCAGGGCGAGCUCCUUUAAGCAGAGCCCCACUCCAAGACCUGUAUGACCCCUGCAUGGAGUCAGCCGCCUCAGCUAACCUGGACGACCUACAGCACUCAUGGGAGACUUUGAAGAAUGUGAUCAAUGAGAAGCAGAAGAGCCUAUAUGAAGCUCUGGAGAGGCAGCAGCACUAUCAGGAGACCCUGCAAUCUGUCUCCACAAAGAUGGAAUCCAUUGAGAAAGCACUAAAUGAAAGCUUGGAGCCAAGCAAAAGUCCAGAGAGCCAGAUGGCUGCCCACCAGGCUCUGAUGGAUGAGAUCCUAAUGCUCCAGGAUGAAAUCAGUGCACUGCAGGCCUGCUUCUCCCAAGAGCUACAGUUGGAUGAAGACAGUUUGGAGGCAGAUUCCGGAGAUCAGCUGGCCCUGCAGUCAACCCUCACUGUGCUAGGAGAGCGCAUGGCCACCAUCCACAUGAAGGCCUCCGGAAAGCGCCAACUUCUGGAGGAGCGAUUAAGCGAGCAGUUAGAAGAGCAGAGGCAGGAACAAGCGCUACAGCGUUAUCACAGUGAAGCAGAGGAGCUUGACAGCUGGCUGUUCAGCACACGUGCCACACUGAGCUCCUCUCUCCAGCCACACCCACAGGACAUGGACAUGGAGGAACAGCUGACUGACUGCCAGAACAUGUUACUGGAGAUCGAGCAGAAGGUGCUGUGUCUGUCUGAGCUGUCAGUGCACAGUGAGAGUUUGCUGAUGGAGGGAAAGGCCGGCUCACGGGGAGACGCUGAGCAGCUCUCCCUCAAACUGCACAGCCUCAAAUCCAGCCUGGUGGAGCUACAGCGCAUUCUCCAAGACAAACAGACCCACAUCCAGGGCUCACUUCAGGAGCAGGAGGACAUUGAAUCCGACUCGUCUCUCUCUCAGAGCCCCAAUAUAAUGGAUUGGCUCAGUCAGGCACGAUCCACACGCAACCAACAGCAUCAAGACACAGUGCAAAGACAGAGGGAAUUAGAGGAGCAGCUUGGUGAACAGAAGAAGUUACUGCAAUCUGUGGCAUCUAGAGGAGAGGAAAUUCUCUCACAGAGGACAACACCUAAUGGAGAGAGGACUCCUGCAGAACUUUCUGAAGGGGAUGAUGGUCAGUGGCCUGAGAACAUGAGCACAAAUGAUCAGAUGAGAGUCAGAUGGGAGAACCUGAGCAAAGACCUUAACAACAAACUGCAGCUGUCACUAAACACAAUGGAGCAGACGCCAAGUAACACGCUAUACCAGCCAUUAUUCAGCCCCUGUGGAGUUUUCAGAGGAGAGCAACUGAGUCAGGAUAUCCUGUCACCCCGAAGUCUGUUCGGAGGCUUUAGCCAAGAUUUGGAGGACUUGUCUCAGACAGGUGGCGCUGACAGUAAGCGUGCUCAUGCUCUGAAGAGAGCUCUCUAUGAGGCAGUCUCAUCAGCUUCCUCCUGGCUGGACAGUGCUGAAAACGAGCUUGUAUCUGGCCCAAUAUUACUAUCUGAUGACUCAGAGACUCACCUGGGCCACCUAGAGAGUUUGAGUAAGGAGGUUAAGAAUGUCAACGAGGAGGUGUGUAAAUGUCAGGACGUGCUCGGAGGAACAGAGCAGCUAUGGGAUGGAGAAAGUGUAGAAAGCAUUUUGGUUGAAGAAGUGUUAGAUGGUUUGGAGGCGAGACUGAAGCUGCUGGACACAGUGCUGGAACAGAGAUGUGACUCUAUGAAAGACAAGCUGCGGGAACUCUCUGUUUUCCAGACUGAGUUUAGACUGUUGCUUACUGCAGUCAGCGACUCAAAGUACCAGCUUUUACAGAAAAUGAAUGCAGUUAUGGAUCGGCCUGCUUCUAAACAGAUGGAGAUUCUAGCAGAAGCAGAGGACAGUUUGAGGGAAUAUGAACAGAAAGUUUCUGAGAUGAGGAGCAGAGGAGAGACACUGCAGCCCAACCAGCUCUGGACUCAAGAACUGCUGAAACUACAGGACGCUUAUGAAGAGCUGGUGGAAAUGGUGGGCUCCAAGCGGAGUGAGCUGAACCAGGGUUUGGUUCUGAAGGCUCAGUAUGAGAGAGCUUUACAAGACCUGGCAGAACUUCUGGACACCGCUCAGGACAAAAUGACUGCUGAUCAGAAGAUGAAAGUGGGAUCGGUGAUUGAGGUUCAGAUCCUUCUUGAUAAACACAAGGAGUUCUUCCAGGGGCUAGAGACGCAUGUUGUCUUUACACAGGCCUUCUUCAGGCAGGUCAGUGGGUUGGUGGUGCAGAGGGAGGUCCAGAGUUUGGAAGAGACUGUGGCUCAGGCCCAGGCUGUACUUAAACAGGCUCACAAACGAGGAGUGGAGCUGGAGGGCAUCCUGGAGUGGUGGAGCAGGUUGGUGGGUGACUAUCAGACCCUGUACAGACAGCUGGAGGCAGUGGAAAGCAGCAUCCCCAGUGUAGGCCUGGUAGAAGAGACAGAAGACAGAUUGAGCGAUAGAAUUACUCUGUAUCAGCGUCUGAAGGCCAGUCUCUCUGAGCGGCAGCAGCAGUUGUAUAAGUUGUUGGAGGAUGGAAAGAGGCUGCUUUUACAUGUGUCCUGCUCUGAGUUGGAGAUUCAGCUCACUCAGCUGGGGGAGCACUGGCUCAGCACCACCACCAAGAUCAAUAAAGAGCUACACCGCCUGGAUUCCACCCUCAAACACUGGAUCAGGUAUCAGAGCGAGUCAGCUGAGCUAAGCCAAUGGCUGAGUUCGGCACUGGACCGCCUGGAGUUCUGGAGCACUCAGUCUGUUACAGUACAUCAAGAGCUAGAGACUGUCAGAGACCAUCUUCAUGCCUUCCUGGAAUUCUCCAAAGAGGUAGACGCCAAGUCUUCUUUGCGUGCCUCAGUUCAGAGCCAGGGGAAUCAGCUGCUCCGGUUAAAGAGAGUGGACACGGCAGCACUCAAGGCAAACUUGGCCCAGGUAGACACACAGUGGGCUGAUCUUCUCACUCGUAUCCCUGUGGUCCAGGAGAAACUACAUCAGCUGCAGAUGGAGAAGCUGCCAUCCCGGCAUGCAAUAACUGAACUGAUGAGCUGGAUAUCCCUCAUGGAGAAUGUUAUCCAAGAGGACCAGCAGAAGAUCAUGGGGGCAGUGGGAUCGGAGGCUGUGCAAAUGUACCUUCAGAAAUACAAGGGUUUUCAGAUUGAGCUGACCUGUAAGCAGCUGACGGUGGACUUUGUGAAUCAGUCAGUUCUGCAAAUCAGCAGUCAGGACGUGGAGGGGAAACGCAGUGACAAAACAGACUUUGCUGAGCGUCUUGGGGCCAUGAACCGCCGCUGGCAGAUACUGCAGGGACUCGUUACAGAGAAGAUUCAGGUUUUAGAGGGUCUGCUUGAAAGCAGGUUGGAGUAUGAGAACGUGGUUCAGACCUUGAAGACCUGGUUUAGUUUACAGGAGGAGAGACUCAAAAAGAAGCACAGGAUUGAGGAUGUUUCCUCAGCCCAGAAUGCGCUCAAAGAUUGUCAGGAAAUGGGAGUUUUGGUAAAGGAGAAAGAGAAGGAUCUGGAGAAGGCUGAAGAGAAAGGAUGCUUAUUAAUCCAGGAUAAGAAAGGCGAGGCUGGCUCCGUUAUUAUGGACGCUCUAAAAGGUCUAAACCAGUCUUGGGCCAAUCUGGAUCACAUGAUCGGGCAGCAGACGGUCAGUCUCCGGUCAGUGCUGGAGCAGUGGAGCCUGUAUAAACAAGCAUAUGAGGAGAUUCAGGGCUACCUGAUGGAGGGAUGUUACACCGUCUCUCGUCUGCGUCUUCUCACUGGCUCCUCGGAAGCUGUGCAAGUUCAAGUGGAGAACCUUGAGAGUUUACAAGAUGAGCUGGAGAAACAGGAGACCAGUUUACGAAAACUUGGCUCCAUAACGCAACAGCUGUUGAGGGACUCUCAUCCCUCAGUGAGUGAUUCACUCAACACAGCACUGGGGGACGUAAAUCUCAGGUGGAACAUGCUGCUGGAACAGAUCUCAGAUCAGCUGAGGAGGAGUAAGAGCCUGCUGCAGCUGUGGCAGCAUUACAAAGCACUACAUGCUCAGAGCAGCACUGACAUCCAGAAACUAGAAGAUCAGGUUGAACAGCUACUCAAGAGCGCCACCCACAGGGACAUCACAGAACAGGAAGUGAAGGGUCUUAUGGCGUCUGAGGGAUCCAUAGAGUCUGUCCUGCAGCAGCUGGAGGAGUUUUCAGAGCAGCUGAGGGAACAAGUGGACCCCUCUGCCUUGAUAACCUUCCAUACAGACCAGCUGUCACUCACUCAGCGAUUAGCAACAGUUGGACAUGCCCUCCAAAGACAGCAGUCUCUUCUAGAGGCUGGUGUGAGGAACUAUGAGAGGUUUAGUAAGGAGUUACAUUCUCUGAGCCACUGGUCAGAAGAAGCUGAGAAGGUUCUGAAAGAACCAGACCCAGUCGGUUCUCCAGAUAUCUCUUCUGUUCAUGAACGCAUGGAAAAACUUAAGACCCAAAUGUUAAAGCUGAGCAGUCUUUCUCCUGAUCUGGAACGUUUGAAUGAGUUGGGUUAUCAGCUUCCCCUCAACGAUAAUGAAAUCAAGCAUCUGCAGAACUUAAACAGGAGUUGGUCAUCUAACUCUGCUCAUACCAUUGAGAGAUUCAGUAAACUGCAAGCCCUGGUAUUGCAAAGAGAGAGCUUCUCAGAGAAGUGUGAUGCUUGGGUGACCUUUCUUACCCAAAUAGAGGAGAAACUGGCCGCUGAGAUCUCUGGAAACUACCAGAGCCUGCUAGACCAGCAGAGAGACCAUGAGCUCUUCCAAGCGGAGAUGUUUAGCCAACAACAAAUUCUGUACUCUGUCAUCACUGAUGGACAUCAGCUCCUGAAUCAGGGACAAGUGGAAGACAGGGAUGAUUUUGGCAUGAAACUAGCACUGCUUAGUAACCAGUGGCAAGGUGUGGUGAGGCGGGCCAGGCAAAGACGGGGGAUUAUUGACAGUUUGGUUCGGCAGUGGCAGCGGUACACAGAGCUGAUUGGGAAACUGCGUCACUGGCUGCAAGAAGUGUCAGUGGAACCAGAAGAACAACAACAAGGGGCAACAGUAGCACUACAGCAGAUUCGAGGCAUGUUAGACCACAUACAGCUGAAGGAGCGUGUGCUCCAGAGGCAACAGGGCAGCUACAUCCUCACAGUGGAGGCCGGGAGGAAUCUCCUCCUGUGCGCUGACGCCAGAACGGAGGCCUCACUUCACACUGAGCUGACUGAGAUGCAGGAGCACUGGAGAACAAUUAACAUCCGUCUCGACGAGAGGAAGAAAGAACUGCUUUCUUUGUUAAGGGACUGGGAUCAGUGUGAAAAAGGAAUUUCUGCAUCACACGAGAAGCUGAGGGACUUUACAAAGCUCUCUGUGCCUUUACCCGACCACCAUGAGGAGCUGCACACAGAACAGAUUCGCUGCAAGGAAUUGGAGAGCAGUGUUGAAGGCUGGACUGAUGAUGUAGCCGGGCUGUGUAUUCUGAGGGAGUCUCUCUCCGGGGGGCUCAGUGCUGAUGACCUCACAGUCUUACAGGAGAGACUUGUACUACUCCAGAGACAGUGGGAGGAGACCUGUCACCAGCUGUCCCUGCGCCGGCAGCAGGUGAGCGAGAGGCUGAACGAGUGGGCCCUGUUCAAUGAGAAGAACAAAGAGCUGUGUGAGUGGCUCACACAAAUGGAGAGCAAGGUCUCACAGAACGGUGACAUCAGCAUUGAGGAGAUGAUUGAGAAACUCAGGAAGGACUAUCAGGAAGAGAUCUCAGUUGCUAAAGAGAACAAGUAUCAGCUGGAACAGAUGGGGGAGAGAUUGGCUCAGGCCAGCCAUGAAAGCAAAGCUGCAGAAAUCCAGUACAAACUCAGCAAAGUCAAUGAGCGUUGGCAGCAUCUGAUUGACCUUAUAGAAGCAAGGGUAAAGAAGUUGCGGGAGACACUGGUGGCUGUGCAGCAGCUUGAUAAGAACAUGAGCAGUCUGCGCUCAUGGCUGGCAAACAUUGAGACUGAACUCUCACGACCCAUCGUCUAUGAAACCUGUGACUCACAUGAGAUCCAAAGAAAACUUAACCAGCAACAGGAUCUGCAGCGUGACAUUGAGAAGCAUAGCACGGGUGUGGCCUCAGUGCUGAACCUGUGUGAGGUGCUGCUGCACGACUGUGACGCCUGUGCCACAGAGACCGAGUGUGAAUCCAUCCAGCAGGCCACACGCAGCCUCGAUCGCCGGUGGAGAAACAUCUGUGCUGUUGCCAUGGAGAGGAGGCUGAAGAUUGAGGAGACGUGGAGGUUGUGGCAGAAGUUUCUGGAUGAUUACUCCCGUUUUGAAGAGUGGCUGAAAGUGUCAGAGAGGACAGCAGCUCUGCCCAACUCUUCUGGAGUGCUGUACACCGUUGCUAAAGAGGAGCUGAAGAAGUUUGAGGCAUUUCAGAGACAGGUACAGGAGUGUCUGACCCAACUAGAGCUGAUCAAUAAGCAGUAUCGAAGGCUAGCACGUGAGAACCGCACAGACUCAUCCUGCCAUCUACGACAAAUGGUGCAUGAUGGGAACCGGCGCUGGGAUAUUCUCCAGAGGAGAGUAGCUGCCAUCUUGCGCCGACUCAAGCAUUUCAUUGGUCAGAGAGAGGAGUUUGAAACAGCCCGGGAUGGUAUUCUGGUAUGGCUGACUGAGAUGGACCUGCAGCUCACCAACAUCGAGCAUUUCUCAGAGUGUGACGUUCAGGCCAAGAUCAAACAACUAAAGGCAUUCCAGCAGGAGAUCGUUCUGAACACGGGUAAGAUGGAGAGUGUGUUUGGGCAGGGGGAGGUGCUGAUGGAGAAGAGUGAGCCUCUGGAUGCUGCUGUCAUAGAGGAGGAGCUGGAUGAGCUGCAGAGAUACUCUAGGGAGGUGUUCGGUCGGGUGGAGCGCUACUACAGGAAACUCACACGCCUGCCGCUAACCGAUGAUGAGUGUGAAGGCUCAGAUCGUGAAUUCGAGUCAGGUGACCUCUCAGACCUUCAGUGGGGUGAGGAUGGUGCUAUGUCCCAGACUUCUAGCAGACCACCUUCAGCUGGGACUGUUCCUAUUCACACAAACGGCUCCGGCCGGGACACCCCUGCCAGUGUAGACUCCAUCCCUCUAGAAUGGGACCACGACUAUGACCUGGACCCCAUGGGCCAUUCCAUGUCUGCACAACAGGGCAGACAAAAAGAUGAGGAUGAGGAGUUACUGUGUUUGGCCACUGCAGCACUUACAGACGUAGUGAUUCCUGAGAGCCCUGAAGCUUAUAUAAAACUAACAGAAAACACAUUGAGGUCCUCCUCUGGUGAAGCAGUUCGAUUAUUAGACAAUAUAAUGGACACCAGCCACUACAGCCUCCAGCAGACAGAUGGCACUAUGGGUGGCCAUGACACCUCUCACAUGGGCUAUUCCGCUGAUUCAGAUCACAAAGAGAGAGAAAACCUGGUGCUAUGGCAAAAGAUGACCUCUGACCUGGACGCCAUGGAGGCGUGGCUCGGACAGGCUGAGGCGGAGUUAGAAGAACUGAGAAGGAAAGAUCUCAGUGCAGAUAUACACACUAUUGAGCAGAGGAUUAGAAAACUCCAGGAGUUAGAGAAGGCAAUGGAUUCCCAUAAGUCCAAAGUACUGUCCAUCAACUUAAACAGCGUAACACUACUCCAGUCAGACUCAGAGGAGAGCCAGGAUCUACAAGUGAAACUGAAAGAGAUGAACUCACGCUGGGAUCGACUGGGAAAAUCACUUAAGGAUUGGAGAACAGCACUUCAGGAUGCUCUGAUGCAGUGUCAGGAGUUCCAUGAGCUGAGUCAUGGUCUUCUUCUCUGGCUGGAAAACAUCGACCGCCUGAGAAAUGAGAUUAUCCCAAUAGCACCAGGGCUAGAUCGGCCUACACUUCAAGCUCAUUACAGAGCACUAAAGCACACCCAGCGGGAGCUGCUGGAGACGGAGCAGAAGGUGGACAGUCUGCAGAAGCUCUCAGGACAGAUGCUGGUGCAGGCACAUGGCGGCAGGUGUCUGGAGGCCCAGGAGAGGGUGCAUGUCAUCGGGAACCGUCUGCAACUGCUCCUGAAAGCUGUGGCCACUGACAUUGAACUGCUAGAAAACGAACUCCAGGCUUCUGGGAACAGACAGAUCGAUCUACAAGAUGCGACCCUCUGGUCUGUUACGGAUGACACCGAUACUUCUGGAUUGGCCAGGCCUGUUUCAGAGCUGCGAGGCAAAUGUAGUGUGUCAGAAGCAGGAUCGUCAGCCAGACUUCCACGUCACAGGUUGCCCAGCGGUUCUGGCUGCGUUUCGUCUCUCUCUGGUUCCUCCGGGUCACAAGGUGGCGCUGGUGUGGCUCGUUGUCAGCCCUUUCUGCUGCGGGUGCUCAGGGCAGCUCUUCCUCUGCAGCUCCUGCUGCUUCUCAUAGUGGGCUUGACCUGUCUGGUGCCCACGACUGAGCAGGAUUACAGUUGUACCCAUGCAAACAAUUUUGCCCGGUCUUUUCAUCCCAUGCUCCGCUACAUGAACGGCCCACCGCCUGUAUGAGCAGGAGGACACUUUAGGAAUGCCUUCACAGAAUGGACUAGUCUUAUCCAAAGCUGAUUGUACUUGUUCCUGUUCAGUUACUGCUGCUAAUUUCAUUUUUCACUAAACAGAGUACUAUUGAACUCAUUGCAAUGUAGACUACUGUUGGACAGCCAAACUGGUAAACCUUUUCUGUUCCAAGGAAACCGAUGAAAAACUAUAGAAUUGUAUAUAAUUCUGUACUUAAUAGCACUGACAUAAGCAUAAGGUACUGCACUUAUACCGACCAAGAAAAUGGCUAAGGAAAGUGUUUUAUUUUUAUUUUUGUAUUAUUUAAAACUGUAGAAAAAAAGUUAUUUUGAAUAUUAUUUAAAUGAUAUUUUACAUGGCAUUUCAAAUUUUGUUUUUAUUUCAUGGCAUGGAGUUCACUUUUUUUUAUUGUCCAGAUAUGUAAAACAGUCCUUUAUGUAGCUCUAUGGGAGAAGUGUGCUUUUUAUAACAUUUAUCUACUUACUGUGUUAUGACAAUGACAGUGUG